UGUAUAAGCUCAGCUCAAAACACCGCGUUGGCAGUGUCUGGUGCCUGUUCUGCCAAAUGCAACUGGUUUUACGUGUUCUGUGUAUUAUUCUUCCUAAUAAUGUGGUUCACAUUUUCAACUAUGUCACCAAUCCUUACAGCAAUUUUCAGAUGCGUCCCGCAUGAUCAAAGAUCUUUUGCUAUUAGUUUACAGGUGCUAUUUGUUCGUUUAUUAGGUACAACUCCUGGCCCUAUAUUUUUGGGCGCAAUCAUUGACAGUUCGUGUGAUGUAUGGCAGAAUACAUGUGGAAAGCAGGGAUCUUGCUGGAUUUAUAAUAAAACCGAUUUAGGACUUCGUAUUAUGGUUUGGUGGAUAUGCUUAAAAGUGUUGGGAUUGAUAUUCUUAUUCUUAGCAGCUAAAUUUUAUAAACCAAGAAAAGAGAGUACAGAAAUAAAGGUCUCACAACCAGAGAGUGUCAAAGCGCAAAAUAAAUUUGACAGAGAAAUAGAAUUUACUAAGCUUUGAUUCCUAUUUGAGGCAUUUCAUACAAAGCAUUGGCAAAAUAUAUGAUAAAACAUACAUUUUCCUG